AACAAACUCACCUUGCGUUGGAGGACAUUGGCAACCAACGCGGACGUCUUGUGCGGAGGAAUUAUUGGCCGCCAAAUACUGGCCUCACGAACUCACAUGGCACCCCAGCCACAUCCCGCAUUUUGAUUCCAUGUCGUCGAAGCCCACGUCGGACUCAGAAGCUGUAAUACUACAACCGCGUCGUCGCGGACGUCCACCGAGGAAUCCAAGUACUGCCCCGCCAAAAUCGCCUAUAACUUCACAGCAAAAUCAUCUGCCUAAAGGCAAGAACCGACCAAGAGGAAGGCCGCGCAAUAACUCCGUUCUGUCUCCUACCCCAGACUAUACACCGUCCCCACAACGUCCUCGUCGCAAAGUAAAGAGGAAGCGAGAGACGCCCCAGAAGAAGUACGACGAGAACCAAUUAUUCGACCUUCGCGAUAUCCUAGACGAGAGCGAGACUCACUACCUAAUCGAUUGGGCGGACGACAAAGUCACCGGGGAGACAUACGAUCCUACCUGGGAGCCAAAAAGCUUCGUUGAACAAGACGCCAUUGUUGCCUGGGAAGAAAAGAAAGCGCAGGUGAAGGCAGGGAAUAAUCCCAUCCAGCAACCGCAGAGCCAAGACGCAGCGGAAGUGCUCAAUCUCGUGUCACGGGAGGACCCAGGAGGAGAAACACCACUUGUUCCGGACUCUACCCAGGAGAGUGAACCAGUCAGGGAAGCAAAACGCAAGAGAACUCAAAUCAUUGUUGUCAACAGCCCUGCUUCGACUCAAGAGUCCCCAGAUAGCCAGCCUAUUAAGCCAGCUAAACGCAGCAGACUUACCACCGUCGCCCAGGAACUCCACAACGCCAACAAUCGCAGACAGGCCUCUUCGGAUUCUUUACCACCAGAAGGCAACGUUGUUAUUCCAAUAGAAGGAUCUACGCCAACAAGACAAGUUCGUGAAGAAGGGCCACAGACCGUUCCAGAGUCACAAUCUCAAGGCCAUAUCCGCGAAGUAGGAGACACCACCCGUAUCUCGCAAUUAGUCUGGGAUCAAUCGGCGACGCCUAAUGAGCAAGUUCUAUUUGCAGAAGAUAUUCAGGCAAUAGACUUUGCAAUAUCUAGGAGUUCUCAAACUUCUAACAACGUACCGUAUUCUGCAGAAAAAUCAUCUCUUACAACCAAGCCUUCAAAUCAUCCCACCUCGCAGCCAAUAUCGGACCAUCUUCCAGAGAUAGACGACAGUUUUGAUACUAUUGCAGAGACCCCACAACCUCAUAACCGCAGUUUUGAAGUUCCACUUGCGCCUUUAGAAGAGUUUAAUCGAGACAAAUACAUUGGUAUCUCGCAAAUUUCGUCGUUUACCUCCCAAGCACCUCCUACUGAACGAUCAUUACAUCGCUCGCAAUCUGCUGGAGAUAAAUUGCAGACAGUACAGGAAGACAACGGAGACCGCGUCAUCCCAGAUUCUCAAGAGGCAGCCGGAGCCAACAGUGCAGACUUUCGAAGGUCCAUCCGGAGUAGAACCUGGCCAGGUUCUCUAGAAAGGGGAAAUUCUACGGUACAUUCACCACCUCGCCACGAUCAGGCCAAGACCAGUCCGAACGGAAAUAAUCUGAUUCAGAACGAUAUAUCAGGCAUUGAACAAGGUUCCACCAUUGUUCACGGCAUAAAUUCCGAAGCGCAAGAAAAUACUACUACAUACGGAGAGACGAUAUCCGACGUGAACGCGCCCACAGCCAACAACAUUCCCACCGAAGACAGCUGGCUCACUACAAAAAUCGUCCCGUCUCAAGUGCCCAACCCGCAGUCCCAGAAUUCUAGUUUUCACGAGGCUACGCCUGUUUCUAACGGAGGAUUCCUUCCUGACGCCGAAAUCACUGCUGCCGAGCCAUCGCCGAGCCAAAAUUCGCCACCAUCCACUCCCAAACCUAACCUUUCACGUCUAUUUCUACCCCAAGUAUCGUCGAGCGCCAGAACAUCGGAGGACCGUUUCCAAACACAGCUACCGUUCAGCACCGAUACUAGUAACAUUGAUAGCCAGGAUCUCAGUUUUUACAACAGAAGCUCUGGUGUCCACCGAGGCCAUUCUCUUUUGCCGAUAUCCACUGAUUGUUCCGAUAACGAACUUGACAGGCCAGUGACUGCAAGUCCACUUGAGAGAGACGUCGCGUCUUCUAAUCAAAGUUGGCAAGCCGCCCAGAUUGUCCAAGACACGGAGAUUCUAUCACAAACCAGCUUAGAAUCUACCAAGGUAUUCAAAUCAACAGAAGUCGAAUCCAGUCAUAGAUCUAGAGACUGCCCUGAAGAAAUUUCUCUGACUCCAAAUAAUCUACAUUAUCGGUUCUCGCCGCGUUCCCGUAAUAAGGAAGACAGUAAUAGAAAACGGAUAGCAUCAUCAGAAGAACUACCAGAAAGCAUCAUCAUGAGUGUUGAAAGGCAAGACGAGUCGGAGCUCGUUCAGCGGCCUUCAUUGCCGUCCACCUCUGCAUCGCCCGCGCCUGUUUCGAGAGGCGGAAGUUCCGUACAGGAUCGACCUCCUGCCGUAUUCAAUUCCAGUACAAACGUAACCGAAUUUCUCCAACAAGCACGCCGGGAUGCAAUUGCCGCUGUACGAGCUAGAACGGCUUCCGCAAAUUUACUUAGGAGUAGCGAGCCUAUACAAGCAAACGAGCCAUCACAACCGCCAAGUAUAGUGAGACAAGAACUGCCAGUACGAGAAACGAUAUCAGGCUUGGACGAAGGAUCCAUGGCAGCUCCGGAUCUGGCUAGAAUUGAAUCACCAGAUGAAGAGGAGGUUUCAAGCCCGCAACUCCCAUUGCGACCCUUCGGAUCAAGCGACCAUAUAGUCCUAAUUCCCAUGGUGUCCACAGUGCGAGACAUGUAUAGUUCUCAGGUGCCUAAAUAUAGACGAGAGAUAGAAUUAUUACGCAAAGGCGAGCAGUUGGAUCUUCUGGCUACGGCAAAGAUCGACCUGAUGAUUGAGAACCUCAAGCUGCUCGGAGAUCACAAAGAGUUGUUCUCCGAAGAAGGCUUUUCACAGAGUGGAACAUCUAAAGAAGCCAUAUCAAAAUGGGCUUUGACUUGCAGCCCCAAAUGCUACUUUCUCGAGAGACUUUUCGAAUCAGUGAGAGAUUCAAGCAGCCAUGUUGCGGUCCUUGCUCGCCCAGGAAAGAUGAUGGAUAUUUUGGAGGCCAUACUCCAGACGCAUAACUUCAACUAUUACCGACCCGAUAAACAAAGUCGUUCUGAUAUGUCCGCUCGAGGAACCCUUACGGUUACUCUUCUUCCUACAGGCUUCAGAGGUGGGCAGUUCGUGGUUAAUCCAGCUGAUGCUGUAAUAGCAUUUGAUUCGACCUUCUUCCGUGGGGAGCGGUACUCAAAGGCACUUCGUGCUCAUACAUACGACCCUACAAAGCAGUUUCCACUGAUCAUGUUGGUUGUUGAAGACUCUGCAGAACAUUUUGAGCUUUGUCUGCCGGAAUCCCUGGACCCUAUGGAAAGGAGGGGCUACCUCGUGCAUUUCAUCUGUCAGCAGCGAAAGGAGGUCGGAUUAAACACUAAGAUCCGACCAGAAGAUGCUGCCGUAUCAGUUGGUAAUUAUCUGAAAGCGAGCUCGAGUAAUCACAAUGGUGUUGACGGGCCAUUGGAGUGGCCUUUACCGCCUAAUCGUUACAUCUCGAAUCUUGACGUGCCAGAUUCGCUACUACCUCAACAGUCUGGCUCGACCACACAAUCUCGCGAUGUACAAACUUCAGGACCUGCAUCACUCCAAAACAUGACCAAGAGGCCCCGCGACGAUCUACUGGACGACGACUUAUCAAAACGGAUGCGAAUGACUCCAGUUCCUCUCGAGGUCGCUUUAAGCGGACAGGUCUCACAUAUCACCGAUUCUCUAGGAUUCCAGACACAGUUUAAUGCCUCCUCACUGCCAUCACUCACCAACUCAGCCGAACAGGCCAUCGCAGCUACCGCCACAUUAGACCAAGAGCGGUCAGACCAAGAGCAGUCAGACCAAACGACACAACUUCUAGCAAGGAUCGCGGACCUAGAAAAUCAGCUCGAAGCCAAGACAGCCACGGAAUCUCGCAUCCAUGAGCUUGAGGCACAACUCCAUGAGAAUGAUAAGGACAACGCACGUCUUCGCCAGUCCAACGCAACCCUCGAGCUCAAGCUAAACGAGCACAUCGCCCUCGUCAACAAAUUCGUCUCCCAAUCCCGCGACUCCGGCAACCAGCGCCGCAUCGCCGAAGCCGCCACCACCGCCGCCGAAUCCCGCGCCUCAACCCUCCACACCAAGCUCGAAGCCCGCUCCACGCAGAACAUCGCCAUGCUAGCCAAGAUCGGCGACCUCGAGGCCGAGCUGACCACCGCGCGCGCUGCCCUCGCAUCCUCCGCCGUCCCGGAGCAGCGCGAGUUCGAGGCCCUCCGCGAGAAGGCCGCGGAGGCGCAGGCGGAGCGCGAGAAGCUCGAGAAGCGCGCUGUGAGCGCCGCGAAGGACUUCGAGUUCACGCGCGAGCAGUAUCAGAGGGCGUCGAAUCAGGCGGCGGAGCUGGCGAGCGAGGUGGCGGGGUUGCAGGCUGAGAAGGUGGUGUUGGAGAGGAGGGCGAGCGAGAAUAUAGUGAGGGUUAGGGAGAUCCAGGCGAAGAGCGAGGUGGCGCAGUUGAAGGAUAGGAUUGAUGAGUUGGAGGCUGAGGCGGAGUUGUUGAAGGCGGAUUUGGGGAGGAAGAAUGAGGAGCUUAAGGCGAGGGGGGUGAGAGGGCUGAGGGGAGCGAGUGUCCCGAGGAGUCCGAAGGUGGCGGGGAUGGGGAUUGCGGGGAGUCGGGGGAGUAGUGUGGCGCCGGGGGAGGGGAAUGGGUUUCCGCCGAGAUGGGUGGGGAUGAUGGGGUGAGCGUGGUGGAGGGGCGUUUGGGACAGCUGUGAUACCAUUGCGGACAGAUAAAUUUGUUGCUGGUGAUUGUAGAGCUGAUUUGCUUUAAUAUCUCAAGAUGUGAUGAGGGAAGAGAGGGGGACACGGAGGAGCUAAUGGGGCUGGUUCGCAGGUUUUUACCCUGCUUCUCGAAUAUAUAUUUGCUUUUCGUUAGAUUUUGGUGAUUGAAUCCAAAGAGUAAAUAUUGGCGACGUUCAACCUUCG